AUGGAGAGACCCACCCAUGAGCUGAACGCCGACCCCUCCCUGCUACAGCCAGGCCCGCAGCACACGCUCACCACAGUCCCACAAGAGUUCGGCUGGUGGCGGCUGCUCCUCUGGGCGCUGCUCCAGGCUCAGCCCGCAAGGGGCUCUGUGCUCACGGCUCAGCGGCUGCCCCAGCGGCUGACGUCCCCCGGGUACCCUGGGCCGUACCCCCGAGGCCUGGAGAGCACCACGGACCUCGAGGCGCCGCCGGGCAUGGCCGUGAGACUCACCUUCCAAGACUUCGACGUGGCGCCGUCGCCAGGCUGUGAGGGGGACUCGGUCACAAUCACCGCCAGUGGGACGGAGCCCCUUCGGUUCUGUGGGCGAUCCGGCUGCCCGCUGGGCCACCCCCCAGGACAGCGGGAGUUUGUGUCCUUGGGGCGCACCUUACGGCUGACCUUCCGUGCACCUGCCACCUCUGAGGAGCGGGCCCCCCAUCUCCACAGGGGCUUCCUGGCCCUCUACCAAGCCGUGGGUGAGUGA